AAAUCCUAAUUCUGUUCCUCUCCACUAUAUAAUACUGUCACUCAAAACAUCUAACUUCCCUCAUCACAUUGAGCAAUCCCCAUUUUUAAUUGUUGUUGGCUGCUGAAAUCAGCUACUGGCCUCUGCAAUUCGCUGUCCUAAUUUGUGAAAGAGUUUGAAGUCUUUAAUAGGUUCGUUUUCGAAGCUGUUGAAGUAAGGAUGUUAGCUGCCAAUAUCCGCCCGAUUAGUUCCCCUUUACCAGCAGUUCUUGAAAAAUCUAGUAGUUUUGCUCUUUCAAGGCAAAACGUAGCGCCUUUGGCCAAAUUCAAGCCCAGCCGUAUAAGCACAAGCCUCAGAUCGUCUUUACAGUCGAUUGUAGCUCCAGAAGUUGAUCAAGACUUCACUUCUGCUCAAACUCGAGUGAAGAUUCUAUCCGAGGCAUUGCCCUUUAUCCAGAAAUUCCGUGGCAAGACCAUUGUUGUUAAGUAUGGAGGAGCAGCGAUGAAAUCCGAGGCCCUGCAGGCGUCUGUGAUUGCUGAUGUCGUGCUUCUUUCCUGUGUUGGCCUCCGUAUCGUAUUUGUCCAUGGAGGUGGGCCAGAGAUCAACCAGUGGCUCGGCAAGCUAAACAUCGAGCCAAAUUUCCUCAACGGGCUCCGUGUCACCGAUGCAUCGACCAUGGAGAUUGUGUCGAUGGUGUUAGUUGGUAAAGUGAACAAGCAGCUCGUCGCGCUGAUCAACAAAGCUGGCGGGACCGCGGUCGGUUUAUCGGGAAUCGAUGGCCGGCUCUUGACGGCUCGGCCCUCUCCGAACGCCUCGCAGCUCGGUUUCGUUGGCGACAUCGCGAGUGUCGAUCCCACGAUAAUCCGGCCGCUCAUUGACAACAACCACCUCCCCGUGAUCGCCUCGGUCGCUGCUGAUGCAACCGGACAGGCCUACAACAUCAACGCGGACACGGCAGCUGGUGAGCUGGCGGCGGCGCUGGGGGCGGAGAAGCUGAUAUUGCUGACGGACGUGGCCGGGAUACUGGAGGAUCGGAACAAGCCAGAGAGUCUGGUGAGGGAGAUCGACAUCAAGGGAGUGAAGAAGAUGAUUGAAGAGGGGACAAUAGCUGGUGGGAUGAUCCCGAAGGUCAACUGCUGCGUGAGGUCACUGGCACAAGGUGUUCGGACGACGAGCAUCAUCGAUGGGCGGCUGAAGCAUUCGCUGCUCCUUGAGAUUCUCACUGAUGAAGGCGCUGGGACGAUGAUCACUGGAUAAGUAUUGCUGGUAAACUAAUAGUAAUGCUUUGUGGCUUAUGUCAGUUUUUAUUUCAUAUUUGGAAAUGGAAUUUGUGGGAGAAUUUCUCAUGGUUUUGCUUC